CCCACAUCCAACCUGCACCAGCAUACACCGCACCGCACCGAACAGAUACGCCGGCCGCCGUCGAGCACAGACCCCACGUCGCAUCAACUCAAGACCCACCAAAUAUCUAGCCUUCCUCCCGCCGCCGCGGUUCUCAGAAAGCACCAUCCAUGUCUGGAUCACUCCCAACCGACUAUUGCCCUGCAUUCGCUCCAUUCUUUGGAUUCGCCGGAGCCGGCUUGGCCAUGAUCCUCUCGGCCGUCGGCGCGGCCUAUGGCACCGCAAAAGCCGGAGUCGGCAUCGCUGGAAUAGGCACCUUCCGGCCUGAUCUAGUUAUGAAGUGUCUGAUCCCCGUCGUCAUGGCCGGUAUCAUUGCCGUCUACGGUCUCGUUGUCUCGGUCUUGGUGGCCAGCUCACUCAGUCCCACGGAGCCCUACUCGCUCUUUGCAUCGGCGGUGCACUUGGCAUCGGGCCUGUCGACCGGCUUUGCCGGCAUCGCUGCGGGCUACGCCAUCGGUGUCGUUGGAGACGCGUGUGUCCGAGCGUACAUGUAUCAGCAACGUAUCUUUGUGGCGAUGGUGUUGAUCCUUAUCUUCGCCGAAGUCCUGGGUCUGUACGGGCUGAUUGUUGCGCUGAUUCUGAACACCAAGGCCAAGAGCAACUGCUAAAGAGAGCGCGAUUUGUCAAGCUGCGCAAGCAGACAGUCGGGCCGCCGGAACGGCAGGCAUUGAGACGGCAUCACCAUCGGGAUUCGGCAGUGGAUUUUCAACUGAUGUUACAGAGACGGCACCCGGCACCCGGCUUAGCGACCGAGUAAAAGCCACGGCUCGCAAGUAACGAGCGGCUUGCAGCGGUUGUGGGCUGCUUCCCCUCCCCCCGUCCGUGGUUGUGGCAUAACUUUCAUCAAAUACAUUAGCCCGCUUGGGCACGUUAUCGAUU